CCGGCCCACUCCAGUAGCCGCCCCGCCUCCUGCCCACGAAGCGUCACUUCCGGCGUGUCCGUCUGUCGUCCGACCGUCGCGGGAUGGCAGCCUUGAGGCGUUGGCUGUGUCGGGGCUUAAUUUCCUUCUAUAGGUACAAGCAGUGCGGGCCGGUCGUGGGCAACUUGAAGAAGCGCUGCUUCUCGGACUUGCUACGGCCAUGGCACAAGACGGUCGCGCUUGGACUGGGCGUGAGCCUGUGUGCCGUCCCGAUUGCGCAGAAACCGGAGCCUCAUUCUCUUAGUAAUGAUGCAUUAAUGAGGAGAGCAGUAUCUCUGGUAACAGAUAGUACCUCUACCUUUCUCUCUCAGACAACAUACGCUUUGAUUGAAGCAAUCACUGAAUAUACUAAGGCUGUUUAUACCUUAAUUUCUCUGUACCGACAAUAUACAAGUUUACUUGGGAAAAUGAAUUCACAGGAGGAAGAUGAAGUGUGGCAGGUGAUCAUAGGAGCCAGAGUUGAGAUGACUUCAAAACAACAAGAAUAUUUGAAAUUGGAAACCACUUGGAUGACUGCAGUAGGACUUUCAGAGAUGGCAGCAGAAGCUGCCUACCAAACUGGAGCAGAUCAAGCCUCUAUAACUGCCAGGAAUCACAUUCAACUGGUGAAGUCGCAGGUGCAGGAGGUACGCCAGCUCUCUCAGAAAGCAGAAACCAAGUUGGCAGAAGCACAGACAGAAGAACUCCGUCAGAAAGCGCAGGAGGAAGGGGAAGAGAGGGCUGAACCUGAGCAGGAGGCCUACCUGCGUGAGGAUUGAGCGCUGGAGCCUGUGUUCGUGUCUCAGAGUGGGGAGAGCGAGGGUGGGCACAGCUUAUUCAUCACCGAGAGAGGAGGCUGCAAGUCCUGGCCUGAUUAUCAGGCCAGAGGUCUCUGUGAGCCAUGAGUGCCUGACCCCUUCCCUGAUGGUCUCAGGCUUGUACUGGACCUGGGUUUUAGCUCGUGGGGACAGCACCCUGUUUGUUUAAUAUUUCACCCCAUUCUGCACAGCUGCCUUCUCCCUCACCAUCUAAUCUAUUGACACCCCACCCAGAGCAUCUCCCCAAUCUGGGCCAGAGAGAGGUCUUUUUGUGCCAUGCCCAAAAGUUCAAUAACUAUUUAACUUCAGUUUCCCAUCUUACAUUUUCAAAUGUGAUUUAGUAUUUUUCCCCUCUCCACAGAGAUGGUUUUUGGGGAGAGUAGCUUGUCCUUUGAGGUUCUUUUUAAAAGUACGUCUGAUGCUUCCUGUGACUUGGCCCUAGCACCCCGUUAGGACAGCUCAGAUGGAGGACCCCAAAGUCUAUUAUUAAGGGACUGGAUGCAGUGUUAACCUGGUGCUGUCAACAGGACUUAGUCCAAUAUAUGCUUUGUUUCCUUUGAGUUUCUGUUGUAUCUGAAGGAAAAAUAUUUUUUUGCAUUUUCAAAAGAAAA